AUGAGUGCUUCUUCCUCCAGAAAAGUGGACAAGGAUGAACAAGAGGCAGAACGUAAAGUCCAGAAGCCAAGGUGGCUUGAGGGUUUUCUGAGAAAAACUUUCUUUGACUCGUGUACAAUUCAUCCAUUUCGUAGGAAUGAGUUAAAUAAGUACUGCAUCAACUGCAAUUUGUCAGUUUGCCAAUACUGUGUAGCUUCAGGUCCUCAUCGCCAUCACAAGAUACUUAAAAUCUAUAGACAUGUUUACAAGGAUGUUGUCUCUCUUACAACCAUGGAAAAGUAUAUUGACAGCUCACAAAUUCAGCCUUACAAAUGCAACAAACGAUUGGUUAUUUCUCUGAAUCCUCUCCCACAUUCUGGUUCAACAGCAAAUAACGAGGCAUCAUGCAAUACUUGCAGUAGAAAAUUGUCUGAACCUGAUUUAUAUCGCUAUUGUUCCAUUUCUUGCAAGGUCAGUGCUGCUUUAAGUAACCCUGAUGAUUCAGCUCCUCCUUUCAUUUCCAUUCAAACUCCUCGUCUUCCUCCUCCGCAGGAAAAGCAAGGGGAAAUCUCUGGACCUCAGAAGCCACAGAAGAGGAAAAGAAAGGGAAUACCCCAUAGAGCUCCCUUCUUCUGA